AUGACUUCACUCGACGCGAAUGACGAAGAAAAUAUCCAAAUUGACCCAGCAGAGCCUCUUAAGGGUAUUGUUGUCUGCUGCACAAGUAUUCCUGCUGAACAUCGUACAACCAUCGCCGCCAAAGUUGCAGAGCUGGGCGGUAUUCACAAAUACGACCUUACACCCGACGUUACCCAUCUUAUUGUUGGUGACUACGGUACACCGAAAUAUCGCCAUGUCGCCCGUGAACGCCCCGACAUCAAGGCUAUGGACGCCGCCUGGAUAGAAGACCUCAGCGAAAUAUGGAAGAACGACGACGAGAUCGAUUAUCGACAGCUCGAGAACAAAUACCAACUCAAGCCUCUAGAGAAACGAGGCAUCGACCCUACAGCUGAACCACAACAAGGAGAAGCGACAAGAGACUCAUUGCUCAUUUGUCUCACGGGAUUCGGCGAUCAAAGGGACGAAAUUGCACAUAAAAUCAUCUCAAACGGAGGGUUAUACACGGGCGACUUGACGAGACGAUGCACGCAUCUCAUCGUCAAUAAACCUGAAGGCAAGAAAUAUGCUGCAGCCAAGGCAUGGGGUAUCCAUCCAGUCACGCUUGCUUGGCUUGAACAAUCCGUUGCUCGGAGAAUGAUCUUGGAGGAGACCAAAUUCGAUCCUACAUUACCUCCUGAAGAACAGGGAAAGGGAGCCUGGGUCAAAAGGGAGCUCAAGCGUUCGCUGAGCAAACGAUCAAAAUCUGCGGUCGGAAUUGGCGCCGAGGAGGGUCCUAGGAAGCUCAGGAAGACUGCUAGUAUGAAGCUCAGUUCUCAGCACAGUCAUAUCUGGGGCGAUAUUCUUGGUAGAUCAACAUCAAGAGAGUAUUCGUUUGCUCAAGACAAUAAUCCGGAGGACACAAACCCACCACAAAAUCAACAACAGCAGCCUCAGCGUGCAGAAGCCCAGCCUCAACCUCCACCUCCUUUAGCCCCCGAAGACCAAGGCAUUUUCACAAGCUGCUUCUUCUACAUACACGGGUUCACAGCACAGAGAACUUCUGUUCUGGAGCAAACUCUUAUUACACUUGGCGCUUCCAUAUGUUCUUCACUGCAUGAAGCUGCUCUUGGGAAAACACCCCGACCACCUCGCAGCCGCUUUAUGAUCGUUCCCCAGGCCUCUCAACCCAAUACCCACCCCCAGGAAUCGUACGACAACGUUCACGUUGUGACGGAAUACUAUAUCGAAAAGUGUCUCCAUAAUAAGCAAUACUUUGACCCUACCGAACACGUCCUUGGGCGCCCAUUCCCUUUCUUCCCCAUUCCAGCCUUCGCCAACCUUGUCAUUUGCAGUGCCGCUUUCACAGGCAUAGAACUUAACCAAGUCGCCCGUGCUGCUGCUCAGCUAGGCGCCAAGUUCGAUGGAGAAUUUCGCAAGACUACAAGUGUUUUAAUAUGUAAGGAUAUCACUUCUAUGCGUAAGGAGAAACUCCGCAUGGCUUUGAAAUGGGGUGUCCCUGUCGUGUCAGCAGAUUGGUUUUGGGAGUGCAUCUCGACUGGCUACAAGGUUCCCCUCGAUGACUACAUCUUCCCAGAGAUAAAGAGCAGAUACUCGGAGAAGGCCCAAAGCACUCCUAAGCCAGCGCCUAAACCCGUCUCUGAAGGCCGGGCACAGCACAAAUCAAUACAGCGCACCCACUCAGAGCCUGUUGUAAAGCCCACGAAAGCGAAGAUGCCAAAACCCCCGUCUGGUGCUGGUGUCGACGCCACAGCUUUUGAUAAAGAUUCUCCAGAGAAACCUUCUCGGAAGACGACUACUAAAGCUACUGCUCCUGACUCUGAUAUCUCGGCGGACUUUGCAACGGCUCGGACGCACCAGAAAACAAUGAAUAGUCUCCCUAAAGAAAACGACUUCGACGCUCCCCUCGCUGAGGUUCUGCAGGCACGGCUUAACAGGUCUCCCUCCCCUACAAAACAGCAUACAUCACUACCACGUACUCGCUCCGAUCCUACUAGCAAAGCUACCACAGAUCCACAAGCGGAGGAAACAACAGAUGUCUCCCCGAAUCCGCAAGAAAACCCUUUCCAGCAGACGAAGCAACAAACAGCAGAGCAAGCUCGCCUUCGCGCUAAAGCCGCCGAGCGCCAAGCCCUCUCUUCAAAACUAACCUCCCUCAUCGAGACGACCACGCCAAACCUCCCGUCAUUUGCCUCUGACGACACUGAACAGACAGCUCCACGACGUAAGCGUCAACUAUUUGGGCGCGCCAUCAGUAAUGCCUCCAACACCAGCAGCGUCGCCUCUCGUUCUGCUGCCGAGCUCCAUGAUGUAUUCGGGGACGAAGACAAAGACGGGGAAAACCAGUCUGAGCCACCAGCAACACAGCUAGAGUACCGAGAUGAUAAGGCGAAGGAGUGUCGGGCUGCUCUAAUGAGUCGUAUGAUGGGCGGCAGUGGCGAGGUCAAACCAGCGUCCACAAGCACACAGAAUCUGGUUGGUGGAGGAACUCGAAUAUUGAGAAAACGCUAG